CUCCCCUCUCCCCUCUCCCCUAUCUCCCGCCUCCUCUUUUUUCCUCUCGUCUCCUUCUUUUCUCAAGGAGUAGUAAAUCUAGGGUUUCUCCCCUCCCCACCUUCGAAACAAGCUCCGGUGAUGGCGAUCAUGGCCCAGUCGCCGGACAUCCUCGGGGAGCGCCAUUCCGGCCAGGACGUCCGCACCCAGAACGAUACGCGAGCGCUUCUCCCAGUUCCUCUCCGAUCACUCCAAAUUCUGAUGUCGUGCCAAGCCGUCGCCAACAUCGUGAAGUCGUCGCUGGGACCCGUCGGUCUCGACAAGAUGCUAGUCGAUGACAUUGGUGAUGUGACAAUUACCAAUGACGGUGCAACAAUACUCAAGAUGCUUGAAGUUGAGCAUCCAGCCGCCAAGGUUCUUGUUGAGCUGGCUGAGCUUCAAGAUCGGGAGGUUGGAGAUGGCACGACAUCUGUGGUUAUUGUGGCUGCAGAGUUACUUAAGAGAGGGAAUGAGCUUGUGAGGAAUAAAAUCCACCCAACAUCUAUUAUCAGUGGCUAUCGGCUUGCGAUGCGCGAAGCCUGCAAAUAUGUUGAAGAAAAACUAGCUGUUAAGGUUGAAAAGCUUGGCAAAGAUUCCCUUGUAAACUGUGCGAAGACAAGUAUGUCAUCAAAGUUGAUUGCUGCUGACAGUGAUUUCUUUGCAAAUUUGGUUGUAGAUGCAGUUCAAGGUGUGAAGACUACAAAUGCAAAGGGGGAAGUCAAAUAUCCCAUCAAGGGCAUUAAUAUAUUGAAAGCUCAUGGAAAAAGUGCUAAAGAUAGCUACUUGCUGAACGGAUAUGCAUUAAACACCGGCCGUGCAGCUCAGGGAAUGCCUACUAGAGUUUCUCCUGCAAGAAUUGCUUGUCUUGAUUUUAAUCUUCAGAAGACGAAAAUGCAAAUGGGCGUCCAAGUCUUAGUCACUGAUCCUAGGGAACUUGAAAAGAUCCGUCAACGAGAAGCUGAUAUAACAAAAGAGCGAAUUGAGAAACUUUUGAAAGCUGGAGCUAACGUUGUAUUAACAACCAAGGGAAUUGAUGACAUGGCGCUAAAGUACUUUGUAGGGGCGGGUGCAAUCGCAGUAAGGCGUGUCCGCAAGGAGGAUUUGCGUCAUGUUGCGAAGGCCUCUGGCGCAACUGUGGUGACAACUUUUGCUGACAUGGAAGGUGAAGAAACGUUUGACCCAUCAUUUCUCGGAUAUGCAGAUGAAGUUGUGGAGGAAAAAAUUGCUGAUGAUGAUGUGAUUUUGGUGAAGGGCACAAAAAACACUAGCGCGGUUUCUUUGAUACUAAGAGGUGCAAAUGACUACAUGCUUGAUGAGAUAGAUCGCUCCUUACACGAUGCAAUUUGUAUUGUUAAGCGAACUCUCGAAUCCAAUACGGUGGUAGCUGGCGGUGGAGCAGUGGAGGCUGCACUUUCUGUGUACUUGGAGUAUUUGGCUACAACUUUGGGUUCUAGAGAGCAGUUGGCGAUUGCGGAGUUUGCUGAGGCUCUUCUAAUAAUACCUAAGGUACUUGCUGUUAAUGCUGCAAAAGAUGCUACUGAGUUGGUUGCGAUGCUCCGGGCUUAUCAUCAUGCUUCCCAAACAAAGGCCGAUAAACAGCACCUUUCAAGCAUGGGUCUCGACCUUUUGAAGGGAACAAUCCGGAACAAUCUUGAAGCUGGAGUUAUUGAACCGGCAAUGAGUAAAGUGAAGAUCAUUCAGUUUGCUACCGAGGCAGCCAUAACGAUUCUGAGGAUUGACGAUAUGAUUAAGCUUGCCAAGGAAGAUGAGAAUGGGGAGGAUUAGAGGUUCGUGCUGAACUUAAAUUAAAAGUUUUGUGGUUCUAGAUAGCACUUUUGUAAUUCCCUCGUGUGCGUGAACUGGUUCUAAUUGUUCUGUUGCGGUAGAACCUUUCUGAGUCCGUCUAAUUUCCCGGGAUUUUAUAGUGCCUGAUUUGGAAUUUCUAUUAUUUAGCUAUUGUUCUGUAGGAGUUCUUUAAUCCACUUGAGCCAUUUUUGCUUGAAAAAUGGCUCCUCCAUCUUGAGUUCUGUGUUGCUAUAAAGAUAAAAGAAUCAAAGAUAUUUUUGCUUGAAAA